AAUCUGGUCUAGAUUUAGCAGUUGCUGAAGAUAGGGAUAUAAUAUUCGAAGCUUUAACUAAACUUCGUGAAUAUUUUCUUUCAUUCGACUCCUCCACUACCACUUUUGCCAAGGCUUCCUCCUCCACUACCAACGCCACAGCACCUGCGGAACAGAGUAGCAAGAGUUAA